AAUCCCCAAACCGUCUAACUUUAUGUUGAUGCUAUAAUAAACAAAACAAACUGGGACUUAUAUUUUGAUCAAAAUUCAAAAUGCAAUUGUAAUCGGAAGCUAUAAUAAUAGUAUAGUAAUAAAUAAUAAUUUUAGCAGAAGCAGAUCAUUUGUUGUCUGAGUCAAACUGAUCAAAGUCGUUAGUGUUUCGGGUCAGUCUACGGGUCCGGGUCAUAUGGCCUUUGAGCUAGCCCAUGUCAAGUCCAGAUUAGUCAAAACUCAAUCUUCUGAAGGAGAUAUUGAAGAAAAUGCUCUGCUCAAGAGCUCAUCAAGAUCUUCUGGUACGGUUUUUCCAUAUGUUGGUGUUGCUACAUUGGGUGCUAUAUUGUUUGGAUAUCAUUUAGGUGUUGUGAAUGGUGCAUUGGAGUACCUUGCAAAGGAUCUUGGUAUUGUGGAAAACACUGUUUUACAAGGAUGGAUUGUUAGCACACUCCUUGCUGGUGCUACUCUUGGUUCGUUUACGGGGGGUUCACUAGCUGAUCGUUUUGGAAGAACCAAAACUUUUAUGUUGGAUGCUAUCCCACUUACAAUUGGAGCAAUUCUUUGUGCCAGAGCACAAAAUGUAGAAACCAUGAUAAUAGGCCGCUUCCUUUCUGGCAUUGGUAUUGGCAUAUCAUCUGCGAUUGUUCCUCUCUAUAUAUCUGAGAUCUCACCAACUGAAAUCCGAGGUACACUUGGAUCUAUAAAUCAGCUGUUUAUCUGCAUUGGAAUUCUUGUAGCUUUAGUAGCUGGAUUACCGUUAUCCACAAAUCCUCUAUGGUGGAGAACAAUGUUCGGCGUUGCUGUUAUUCCCUCGGUUUUAUUGGCACUUGGAAUGGCAUUUUCUCCUGAGAGUCCUCGUUGGCUUGUUCAGCAACGGAAAACGUCUCAAGCUGAGCAUGCAAUUGAGAAACUAUAUGGAAAGAACAGGGUCUCUGAGCUCAUUGCCGAGUUAACUGCAUCCGGUGCAGGUUUUGAAGAGCAAGAUGCUGGUUGGCUUGAUCUUUUCAGUAGACGCUAUUUCAAAGUUGUUAGUGUUGGUGCUGCCCUUUUCUUGUUCCAACAGCUGUCUGGAAUAAAUGCCGUUGUGUAUUAUUCUACUCCAAUUUUCCGCAAAGCAGGAGUUGCAUCUGAUGUGGCAGCAAGUGCUCUAGUUGGGGCUGCAAAUGUAUUUGGCACAAUGAUAGCAUCUUCUUUGAUGGAUAAAAAAGGAAGGAAAAGUCUUCUUAUCACAAGCUUUACUGGAAUGGCUGCUUCGAUGUUACUGCUAUCUUUGUCUUUCGCAUGGGAGGUUUUGUCACCGUAUUCUGGACCCCUUGCUGUCAUCGGGACUGUAUUGUAUGUGCUUUCCUUUUCCCUUGGUGUGGGUCCAGUCCCUGCUCUUUUACUACCAGAGAUCUUUGCGUCUAGAAUCAGAGCAAAAGCAGUUGCUUUGUCACUUGGUGUGCAUUGGAUAUCAAACUUCUUUAUCGGGCUGUGUUUCUUGAGUGUCGUGACUAAAUUUGGCAUUAGCAUGGUGUACCUUGGAUUUGCCUCCAACUGUCUUUUUGCUGUUAUGUACAUUGCUGGUAACGUAGUGGAAACAAAGGGGCGAUCAUUAGAGGACAUUGAAUGUGAACUUAGCCCACCCAUCUGAUGGAUACAUAUUCUAAUCUUGCAAGUGAAUAACUAAGUAGGAAGCUUUUGCAGUUCAUUGUUCAUAUGAUCUUGAUGCCGUUUGUUUGUUCGUGGUCAGAACAUGCAGAUAAGGCAGUAUUUUCGUACAAGUGGGUUGUGAUACUGUGUAACGAUAUAGAAUAUGCUAAUAUGUACAUAAACUUUUUGAGUUUUGGUAGAGCUUGAACGUGUUUGUGUUAGGAAACUUAACAGAACUGGGGAUUAAAAACCUGUAACCACUCCCUCUGCUGUUUAUCAGCUAUCUAAGUUUUUGUUUCUUUA